UUUUUUCCCAAAGCGGCUCCGCCCCGGCCCCGGGGAUGAAUCAGAAGCGCCGGAGAGAGGCGCGCAGAAGCGAUCGUGAGAGCGCAAGAGGAAGAACCGCGUGGCGGGGGAGCAUCGCACGUUGCCGCGGGAGAUAAGGAGGUCUUGCCAGAGCACCAAAACAGGGGUCUUCGUUCUUGAGGUGGCAUUGGGUGGUCUCCCUCCACCUGUCUUUUGGAGACAAGGAAGACUCCAGGACACACAACAGAAGAGGCCGUCAGGAUGAAAGAGGAGGUUGAAAUCGGAACCCGGUUCAUCUCCCGGCUGGUGAACCGUCACGAGAAGCUGAAGAAAGACCAAGUGGAGCGCUUCGGCGAGUGCCUGGCCAAGAUACUCUGCGAGCGAUUCAAUGAGCAUUGGUAUCCAGAGAACCCGCUGAAAGGACAGGCGUAUAGAUGCAUCCGGAUCAAUAGGAAGCACCACAUUGAUGAUUCCCUCCUAAAGGCGUGCACGGCCUGCGGUCUGGAUUAUUCAGAAUUAGCGUUGCCCAGGGAAAUUUCCAUCUGGAUUGAUCCUGGGGAAGUCUGCUGCAGGCUUGGUGAGAAUAACCAGUACUUCACGGUGAAGGAAGAGGAGAACACCAGCGGGAAAUCAACUCCAGAGCCGGAGACGUCGGAUUAUCACUCAGAAUCCCCCUCCGAGAAUUCAGAGGAUGAAAGUCUGGCCAAGUUUUCUAAGACAACAAAUCUGGGCAAAACUCGGCCGGCUGGGAAAAACAGUCCCAAACAGCCUACCCAGUAUUUCUACGUUCCAGCUCCUCUGUGGGUCCCGUGCCCUCAAAAUGUGGUCAGCUACAUUCCAACCUACCAGCCAUUAGCGUUCUACUAUGUUGACGUUCCCUCAAAAUCACCUGUGCCCAGAAAACCCAACCCAAAUCUCGUGAAACGCCUUACCAAGCGGGCCUCCAAAGCAUGAAGACGUGUUGGGUGGACAUCUUGGUCCCUCGACAUCUCAAAUCCUGCCUAGAAUAUGGCCUUGUUUACACUGACAUUGGGACGUGGGAAGAAAACAAUUGUUUUAUUCUCUUUCAGGUGGUUGCUAACUCUUGGCUAUUCUCCUCAGGUGGGGAAUCACCAAGAGUUACCCUCUUCACCUUCAGACCCCCCCCCAAGCCAAAAGAUUGUGGGGGGAGGGGUGGCACUGCCUUGUUUCUAUGGUGCCAAACAAGUGUAGCAUUAGCAUUGUAUAUUAUUUAGCACUUCAGCAUAGUAGGGAUAAAACUGGAGACCUGGGUUUCUUCUAUGUUGCACUCAGCAGGGGAGUGGGAUCUAAGAGUUAGAGCAGAAUGCGGCGGGAACGAGGAUGGGAAAAGGUUUGGUUGUGGAAACUGAAAAAACAAGAGGGGAAAGAAAAACCAGGUCAACAAGCUUCUGUGCCCAGCCAACUUUGCUUAAGGUAUUUUACGGCUUCUGCAAAACCUGGCUAAUCGUGACUCAAUUACGUGGGUGUGUCCUGUGAUUUGAAAAAGCAUAACCAACUAUUUGCUGUUAUCAGCAGGCAAGGGGAUUCACUGUUGAUGUUUGUUUCAUAUGUUGCCCCCUUCCAGUUGUUGAAUCAGGGAUUCUCAAAACUGCAGAUCAGGAACCUGGGGGGUAGGAUAGACAACCUUCUUUUGUAGGGAGGGUCAAAAUCUGUGGGGUUUUUUUUUGUUUGUUAGUUUGUUUUAGCUUGAUGGACUUUGCUCAAACAAAGUUGAGUUCUGAUACAUUGACGCCUGUCUCCUCUUUGUCUGUGGAACAUUCAGCAAGCAAUGGGCCAGCAAAAGUUGAGAUUACAAUUCGAAAACCAUGAUGAAUAAUUUUGAGAGGCAGUUUGGGUGAAGUGGUGAUGAACACCAGCUGGAUGACCUUGAGCCAGGCACUUUCUCUCAGCCCUAGGAAAGAGGCAUUGGCAAAGCCACUGCCAAAAAAAAAGCUGCAGAGAUUUCUCUGGCAGUCUCGGAGAAUUGGACCAGACUCUUUGGAAAAAGAGGGGGAAAAAAAGAUUAGUAAUGAUUUUUACAAUCCAUUCUAACCCCCAAUAAAAUCAUUUGUUUUAUUUAUAGUGGCUUGCAGAAAUUAAUUUAUCCAUUUUUGGGUUCCUGGUACUGUCGAAUUUGAGAAUCCCUAGCUAAUCCAGUUUCUGUUAAUGAUGAGACUAAAAAGAUUGUAUUGUGAACUCUUGUUAUAUAUUGCUCAGCUAUCCAUGCCUUUGGCUUUUGAACUCUUUAUUUCUACAUUUCCAGAUAUUAUGUUUGCAACUUAAGGGCUUGAAACUAAAGGGGGGGGGAGAGCUGAUAUUUUGAAAAUAAUUUUUAUACCCGAAAGCAAUUUCUGUCAUUGCAAAGAGUGAGCAAGUUAUAUACAAGGCUGCAGAAAUAAUACUUAACCUACCUCAAGGGAUGCUGUUAUAAAGAGGGAUGAAUGGGAACAGAUUACUUAUUGUUAUUAUUAUUAUUUUAAAUAUUUGUAGCUUCUCUGGAAGGACUUGUUGAUGGGCAAAGUAUUAUUAAUGAUAAUUAAUAUAUGUCUUGUAAAUAACAAUCAGGGACAUUUUUUUUAAUUUAUAGAAGCAAUGAAAUUGUGUAAAUAAUAUAUAUUAUACCUGCAGCUUGUUUUUAUGCACCAUUGAUACAAUGUAUUUUUUUUUGCUUUUUUAAAAAAUGCUUUUUCUAUAAAACUUUUUAAAUGAAAUAUUAAAAACAAGAAAGGAUGAAUAAUAAACAAUG